AGACUGAGCGUCCUGAGGGCAAUGGCUGGGUCUCUUCAUCUCUGUGUCCCCAGCUUCACCCAGCACAGGGCCAGACACCGAGUAGGCGUCGGUAGAUGUUUGCUGAAUUGAAUUGAAUCCCCACGGCAGCUCUGUGAGGCAGGCGGUGAGCUCUUCACGCAUCUGGAGCGAGAGGGCAUCUUCCUGGAAGACACGGCCUGUUUCUACCUGGCAGAGAUCACGCUGGCCCUGGGCCAUCUGCACUCCCAAGGCAUCAUCUACCGGGACCUCAAACCUGAGAACAUCAUGCUCAGCAGCCAGGGCCACAUCAAACUGACAGACUUUGGACUCUGCAAGGAGUCGAUCCAUGAGGGCGCCGUCACCCACACCUUCUGUGGCACCAUUGAGUACAUGGCCCCUGAGAUUCUGGUGCGCAGUGGCCACAACCGGGCGGUGGACUGGUGGAGCCUGGGGGCCCUGAUGUAUGACAUGCUCACUGGAUCGCCACCCUUUACUGCGGAGAACCGGAAGAAAACCAUGGACAAGAUCAUCAAAGGGAAGCUGACACUGCCCCCCUACCUCACCCCGGAUGCCCGGGACCUCGUCAAAAAGGUGGGCUCCGGGGACGCCUGGGGGCGCUCAGUCAGUUAA